UUUUUUCGUUGUUACGCCCACUCAGCAAGUCGUUUUUGUAUGGAGGUCAAUGAGAGUGUCGAAUUUGGUCAACUAAAAAAAUGAAUUGCUUAUAUGCUACGUGAGGUUUAUUUGAUCGAAUAGAAGGUUCGUAAUGGUUAAAUUGUUACGAGUGUAGGACACGUGACAUCCCGGCAACUUUGAGAAAAAACACGUUGUAUCGGAGUUACCUCGAGAUGGCUAUGCUAUGCAUGUUCAUGGCAUUAGGCCGUAGCAUAGCAUAGCAUAGCAUAGCAUAGAAAGGAUAGGCGGGAGCUAGACAGCACGCCGUGCGGCUUUGUGGACAACAACUCCCAUUCUUAGGGCAGAGAGACAUGUAUCUUGUCAGUAUAUCUAUUAUCUUUGGCUAAAUACAAAUCAGAUAAUCCCGUGCUUUGAAAUGGAUUGUGAUUAUGUCAACUAAGAAAACAUAUAUUUUGAGCCACACCUGUCAGUCAUUGAUAUAUGAAUAACUAUAUAUGAGAAUAACUAUAUGUUCGUGGAUUUCCUUGUUUUCUUAGCUCGCCAUGACUCUGAGCAUGUCUCCGGCUGCGGUGUGCCAGUGCUUCACGCUGGUGUCCCUGUGCACAUCCAUCGCCGACCCCAACUGGAUCCAAGUCAUGAACAACACUGACCCCGGAGGCAAACAGCUCAUCUAUGGUGUGGCCUUCAUACUGCAAGCUGCCCAGAACCUCACUGACACAGGUCCACUGGGUGGCGUAAAUGGCUGGGGGGUGUGGCUGCUCUAUGCCCUGGCGGCUCUGUGCUACAGUGCUGUUCUGCUCUCCAGCUCCUCCUUCCUAUUGGACUUCCUGGGGACUGGGAUGUCCCACCCUCGACUGGUGGUGUCACUCCACAUCUCCACAGUGGUUCUCCUCCUGUCUGUGCUGGGAGUGUGUGGGGCCUGCCUGUACAUCAUCUACUGCAACCUUCAGGAGGGCAAGUUUGGGCCACUGUGGGAAUGGGUAGAGGGCUGGACCUGGCCUGGGUCUGGCUCCAGGAGCCAGGGAGGAGGAGGGGCGACGGCGAUGAAGCCUUACCCAGGGGAGAGCUUCUACAUCACCAUGCUGGGCCUGCUCUUCUCCUGCCUGGCCGGUGUGAUCAGCCUGAGCGGCCCGGGGGACCCCACCUCCACCCAGAGGGACUACACAGCCGUGGUGGAGGGGGACGACAGUGACACAGAGCCCCUUACCCCCAGGGAGCAGGGAGUGGGCCAGUCUGACGGAGAGGAGGGGCAGGAGACGCAUUGCCUGAACUAACUCAGGGGGAGGUGGGUGGAAGUGGAGACUGUUAAAGGGGUUUCUCUGACCGCUACAGAGGUAGGGGUUUGAAUGUGUGGCCCAAAAGGCGAACUAUGGCUUAGUUCAGGACUAGAAUGCAAACCAGGACCACACAUGGCCUGUAACAGACUUAAUUAGGCAGCAGUGCUGGCGCCUUCCCUGGUUAUGUUUUGGAUCCCUAUUGCUUCACUGGACCAAGCCGGUGGAAUCCAGUCAGGAGCCAAAAAAGAGAACAGAUACGUUUCCUCAUGUUGUUUUAAUGUUUGUCUGCCUAAAACAUGCCCAAUCGGGUCUGUGUAUGUACAGUUGCACAACAUGAAGUCAAUAACCCAUUUAUGGGUUUAAAAAAUGUUUGUUUUUUUCCUUGUGGGAGUUUAUGCCCAGCGUCUCAAACUUGACUUGACCAAGAUAAAUCAUUAUUUGGCUUGCUGUGAUAUUUGGAAAAGUGUGACAAGAACAUAACACGGUUAAGCGAUUUCUGUCUGUGUGUGACCAGGGCAUUAUAUUCCCUUCCUGCUCGUCAAUGGGAACAAGCUUUGACCCUGAUCACAUUACUGCAAAAUAACGACUGGGGUAUGUUCAGGAUCAGCGAAUGGUUUGUAACGGUUCAGAACCAGAAAAUAUGUUCAAUGAGCAGAAGUUCAGACGCUGCACAACAUUGCGAUCCUAAACAUAGCUCAUGUUUGUACGAUCACCUAUUCUCCUUGUCUAGUUAUCAUAAAAAUCCCUAGAGGAAGGUUUUUCUGAUUAUUUUAACAGGUUGUUUUCUAACGUAUGCAUUAUCUUAACUUCUUAAACCCUUUGCACAGUCUUCCAUAGUGACACUUUAAGUUUCCUAAAUGGUGGAAAGAAAUCACAGAUUUCUAUGGAAGAUUUACCUGAAGUGUAGUGAAACUGGAGUUUCCUUUGAGAAAUUCAAUUUAAAAAGCCCAUUUGGCUUUUAUGACUAUUAUUGCCACUAUAGCUUGAAUCAAUCACUGAGGCACUAUUUAUUAGCAUGGUUGUUUCCUACUAUAGGAAAGAUUGAGUGGGGAUAUGAAGUCUUACCUUUCCACAGCAGGUAGUGUAAAUACAUGGCUCUUGCCUUUAAAUGACUUAAUAUCUAAUCAAAUUCAAAUAUGAUGCAUUAAAUAUUUGAUGUACUUAAAUGUUUCAUAUAAUGAAGACACAACUAUUGGUCACUAGAUACUACAGAUCACUGUGAAAAUAUGUCCCGGUUUGGCAUCUUUAGAUGUCUACAGUACAGCACAAACCACUGUAUGUAUGCUUAUCCUACUUGAAGGCAACCAAUAAGACAAGCUCCUUGAUGGUGCUUGGUUGCAUAUGACGGUAGGACCAUGGAUAUUGACUUGAUUCAUUAAGAUCGCUAAGAUGGCUGCCUAGAAUCAGGUUUUCCUUAUCCGCUUAUACCCUCAAGACCUGUUUCCUGGACACAGAUUAAGUUUAGUCCUGGACUAGGAAACAUUUUCAAUGGAGAUUAUGUUUUUAGUUCAAGGCUUAAUAUGUGUCUGGGAAACCGGCCCUCAAUCUUUUCCUCAGGUACAUAGGAAGACAUUCCUUCUCUUAUUCCAGGGUCACAGUCCCAUCUCUAUGAAUCAGACUUUGUAUUGUUGUUUGUGAUGCUAUUUAUUCAUUAAACAGUUUUUGUGUAUUUGUAAAA